AUGUCGGCGGCGGCGAUGAUGAUCGUCGCGCUCUUUCUCGCGGCGUGCCCGAGCUUGGCGAGCGCCGGCGGCGGCUUCUACGAGAACUUCGAGGUGGUGUGGGGCGACGACCCUCACCCUGAGCGGCGCGUCAAUGUCAUCGACGACGGCCGGGUGGUGUCGCUCACGCUCAACAACGUGUCCGGGUCCGGGUUCCAGUCCAGGGACGCCUUCCUCUUCGGCGAGUUCACCAUGGCCAUGAAGCUCGUGCCCGGCGACUCCGCCGGCACCGUCACCACCUUCUACCUGACGUCCAAGGACCCGACGGCGGCGGGGGACGGGCACGACGAGAUCGACUUCGAGUUCCUGGGCAACGUCAGCGGCGAGCCAUACCUGCUGCAGACCAACGUGUUCGCGCAGGGGGUGGGCAACAGGGAGCAGCGCUCAUACCUCUGGUUCGACCCCACGCAGGACUUCCACAACUACACCAUCCUCUGGAACCCUCUCAACAUCAUCUUCUCGGUGGACGGCACGCCGGUGAGAGUCUUCAGCAACCACGAGUCGCUGGGCCUUCCAUACCUGAGCCGGCAGCCGAUGAAGGUGCACGCCACCAUCUGGGACGGCAGCGCCUGGGCCACGCGCGGCGGCCGGGACAAGACCGACUGGUCCCACGCGCCCUUUGUCGCCUCCUACCGGACCUACGGCACCGCCAGCGCCUGCGUCUCCUCCUCGCCGGCGAGCGACAACGGUGGCGCCCCCACCUUCUGCUGCCCGACCAACGCUGUGUCCGGAGACGACGGCGGGUGGAUGACACGGCGGCUGGGGCCGGACGGCGAGCGCGCGAUGGCGUCGGCGCGGGACAAGUACAUGGUCAUGGACUACUGCGAGGACCCCUGGAACAUGGGCCGCCCCGCCGAGUGCGACAUCGACCAGCUCGGCUCCGGCGGCCGUGCUAGCACAUAA